AUGGAGCACUGGCCCAGCUGCGAUUACCUCAGUGUGGUUAAAUUGGUCGGUGCAUUUGAACCACUGAUCAACGUACUUGGAUACAUUGAUCAACUCAUUGGCUCGCGCAAUGGAGGAAAUGUCUUCGCGGGGGCCACCCUACCCUAUGGCAUGGUGAAAGCCGUUGCUGAUGUCGAUGGCCAGAACAAGCGGGAUUCUCCACCGAUGGCAGCAAUGCCACGGGCUUCUCUCACAUGCGCGAUUUAG